AUGAUGGAUUGUUUGAUGUCAACACGGGGAGAAGCAAACCUGACCUAUUCCACUGAUUUUCAUUUACAAGGAUUUGAUCAUCUUCAGAACUAUCGAAUUUGUCUUUUCAUCUUCUUCUUCUUUACUUACCUUUUCACUCUCUCUGGAAACAUACUCAUUAUUCUGAUAGUGUGUCAUCAAGUCAAUCUUCACACCCCCAUGUACUUCUUUAUCAUCAACUUGUCCUUACUGGAGAUAUGGUAUGUAUCUACAACUGUCCCAAACCUUCUGGCCUUAAUGUUGACCAACAACAGCAGAAUUUCCUUCCAUUGGUGCUUUGCACAGCUCUACAUGUUCCAUGGGUUGGGUAUGACAGAGUGUGCACUGUUGGCCAUUAUGGCAUUUGACCGAUAUGUUGCCAUAUGUAACCCUCUUCGAUAUACCACCAUUAUAAACAGAACUAUGUGUAAAAGAUUAGCAUCUAUAUGUUGGUUUUAUGGUUUUCUGAGUUCAAUCAUACCAUUGACAGCUACACUAAAACUGCCCUUAUGUGGACAGCGGAACAUAAACCAUUUCUUCUGUGACCUAGCUCCCUUGCUGAGCCUCUCUUGUAUAGACACUCACUCUAAUGAUAUUAUUAAUAGCUGUGUGAUUGGGUUUGCCACUAUGUCCAAUCUUGUAAUCAUUAUAGUGAUGUAUAUCAAUAUUAUAUAUUCAGUAAUUAAGAUUAGGAACAAUGCAGGAAGAAAUAAAGCUUUCUCGACCUGCUCUUCGCAUAUCAUCGUGGUAUCACUGUUUUAUAGCACUGCUUUCACAGUUUAUGCCAGCCCAAAACAUGUCCGAUCUGUGGACUUCGAUAAGGUGGUUGCUCUGGUUUAUGGUAUGUUCACUCCUUUACUCAAUCCACUCAUAUACAGCCUCAGGAACAAGGACGUGAAGACAGCAUUCAAUAAACUAUUUCAAAAUAUUUUAGAAAACAUCAUAUACAGAAAAGAUAAAAUAAUAAAAACAUGUAGCUUGUAG